AUGUAUAGAUUGUCAGAUUGUUGUGGACAUGGUUGCUGUGCUGGGUUUAUGCUUGAUAUUAACAGAAGUUCUUGUACACCCUGUGAUACUGGUUAUAUUGGGAGGGAUUGUGAGAUACUAUGUCCAUUUCCAAUGUUUGGUGAUGGUUGCCAGUUCCGAUGUGACUGUGAUAUUUCCUCUUGUAGUCCUUUGAUCGGUUGUCAAUCCGCCAUUACUACCUUACAGAAUGACAGAAUGCUGACCAACCAGUAUGAUUUAAAUUUUAAUUUGUCCACACCACCUACAGCAGAAAGUAAUAUUAAAGUUAAUACAAGUACUGCUAAAAUAAGAGAAAUAGUGAUAGAAGGACACACAAAUGAAUAUCAUACGAGGAUCGGAAAAUCUCAUUCUCCUGCGACAAACACAAAGGCAGUUCCUAGGAAAGUGGAAAAAGAAACAGACUCAUUAGCUAUCGGUGCAGGCAGUGCAUUAUUGAUAGGUAUCUUUGUAUUUAAUGCAUUCUUUGUCGUCUUAGUAUUUACUGUUGUACUGUAUUGUGGUUGUCGUAAAUAUAGAAAGUACAGAAAACGCAAGAAAGAUAACGCCGCCACUGUUAUUCAUUACCAUGAAAUCGAUGACAGUAUCGCUGGGCCUUGCAUGGAUUACGACCCUUUGUACACAGCAGGUGGCGCGGAGUUGAAACACGUCCUUGUUGAAUAUGAGAAUGAACCUUUGAACAGGGAGAGAAAGAGUGUAAUAAACAUUGAUUCACAGAAAAGACAGUCAGAUACGUCACCAAAACAAUUAGCACGUCCGAGUGAGCUUGUAUUAGAACAAACGUAUACACAGGAAGGGCACAAUACGGAAUAAAAAAAAAGAACAGAUUAUUAUGCACGUAUUUGUACAUCUGCUUGUAAAAGGCAAAUUACAGAUUUUAACUGUUUAUUUUUUACUUUGUUGAUUUUGAACAUAUAAUGUGAACGUCAUAAAAUGUUUAAUUUUUUCAUUCUUUAUAUGGAUUAAUUUAUGUAAAUUGUGAACACAUACAAAAGCAUGUUUAUAAAUGUAACGAUUUCUUAUUACUAUAAGGCCAACACUUAUAUGAUUUUUUUCUAUUAAGAUAUUUUUGCUUGAUAAAAAAUGUGUUUUUUAAUAUACAUUUGAUAUUUUAUAACUCCACUCGUUCUUUCUUUACUUGUAUUUUGGUAUUUGUUUAGCAAUUUUUAUGCUCCCGUAAACGAAAUUUCAGGGUAUAUAGUUUUUGCCGUGUCCGUCCGUCUGUCUAGCUGUCUGUCAGUCUGUUUAGUUGUAUCUCUGUCUGUUUGUCCGCAAAAACUUUAAACUUGCCCAUAUCUUUUGAUUUAGUGUAGUCAUGACUUUCAUAAUUCAUAUGGGUAUUCCUUGUGAACAGACCUUUCUUUGGGUACUACCAUAUUUGACCUUUUGACCUUGCCUUGGGAGUUUGAACAAUUUUAAAAGAAAAUUUAAAACUUUUACUUUGUCCAUAUCUUUUUAA